AUGAAGUUCAUGAUUUACCUCGUUGUGUUAUUUCUAGUCUUGAAUAUUAUGAACGCAAACAAAGUGGCAAUGGCAAAUUCUCUGAUUCAAGAUUCGUGCAAGAAAGCUUCAAAAUUUGAGGAACCACAUUACUACAACUUAUGCAUCACAUCUAUCAAGCAAAAUCCGGAGAGUCAGAAAGCGAGAAAUAUUGAUGAAUUGACUGUUAUAGGAGUGAAAAACGCUAUCUCAAACAUGACGAACGUGAAAGGAAUUGUGGAGAAGAUUCUGAAGGAGAGAAAGUAUAAGAGUAGGUUGAGUGAGAAGCUGUUGCGCGAUUGCUCUAAGCUUUAUUCUGAGGGAAAUGACUUCUUAACCAAAUCUUUAAAGUACAUUAACUCGCGGAAUUACCAGGAAGUCGACAAUAGUAUUGCUAAAGCAGGAACUGUUCCAAGAACUUGUGAAAUGGGAUUCAAUGGCGAUAAUAACCAGACAUCUCCGGUGACGAAAGACAACGAUGUUCUAUUCGAAGUGGUCACCAUUCCUCGAUCAUUUAAUCACGAUGCCCAUAUUGUCCCGCGUAUAGCCUAA